CUCACUUCCUUUAAAAGCCUCUCUCACACUCUCUACUCAACACACAAACUUAAAUUCACAUUCAAUCUUCUAAAUCUCAAUACUCUCUAGUCUCUCCUUUCAACUCCACCAAUUCAGAGCAGAUGGCACUAGAAGCUCUCAACUCUCCAACCACAGCCACGCCACCGUUUCACUUUGAAGAAGCGAAUCUUCACUGUAUUGAUUCAUGGACUAAGCGCAAGCGCUCAAAGCGUCCCCACAACCCUCCCACCGAAGAGGAGUAUCUCGCUCUCUGCCUCGUCAUGCUUGCUCGUGGAACCACCUCCACCGCCUCCAUAGCCACUACUAGCACCGCCUCGCAGCGACACAAGUCUCCUUCUCAAGCUCCACCAGCUGCUACGACAUCCUCUGACCAGAAGCUUAUCUUCAAGUGCAGUGUUUGCAACAAGGCCUUUUCUUCUUACCAAGCACUGGGUGGACACAAGGCCAGUCACCGUAAAGGAUCUGGCGGCGAGGAGCAGUCAACCUCCACCACCAACAACGCCACCACCGCACCAAACACCACUGGUAGGACCCACGAGUGUUCCAUCUGCCACAAGUCCUUUCCCACUGGUCAAGCCUUAGGUGGACACAAACGCUGUCACUACGAAGGCGGCGAAAAAAGCGGAGUGACGUCAUCGGAAGGUGUGGGGUCCAGUACUUCACAUAGCCAAGUCAGUCACCGUGACUUUGACCUCAACCUACCGGUGUUACCGGAAUUCUCGCCUGCCUUCUUUGUGUCCGCCGAUGAUGAAGUGGAAAGUCCUCAUCCUGCAGCUAAAAAGCCUCGUUUCUUCUUGCCCUCUAAAUUUGAAGUCUAGAUUAUCGAAUUAGGACUCUUUUCUUUUUCAUUUUUAGGAUAUUAAUUUAGACUAUAAUUUCGUGUAUUUCUUUUUUGUAACAGAUUUCAGUGAUAAUUUUUUUUGUGUACAUAGCACUUGAGAUUCCCUCACUUGCUUACUUAUGAUUUGUGAUAGUUAUUGAUUCAAUUAA